AUGAACUUCCAGCUUGUGGUUGUCCUCGUCGCCGCCCUGGUGGCCGUUGUCUCGGCUGCCGGAGGGUUCAGGCCAAUCAGCUACGGUGGUGGACAGUUCAACAGGGGUGGAUUCAGCAACGUUGGACGCCUGAACAGCGGCUUCGGCGGCGGCGUCAGCAACUUCGGCAGCGGCUACGGCAGGGGCGGCAACAGGUUCAUCGGCGGCGGACAGCGGUUCAACAGCGGCUUCAACAAGUUCAACUCGGGCUUCAACUCUGGCUUCAACUCCGGCUACGGCGGAGGUCGUCUGCUCGGCUCUGGCAUUGGCGGCGGCUCCUUCAACCAGUUCCGCAGUGGCGGCAGCUACUUCUAG